UUGACUGAAUGUUGCCACAAUCGAAUUUUCGUGUCAAAUACCUUCGGUAGUGCAUGAGGUUCGGGAAAAAAAUCAACUCGGUGAAAAAGUGUUGACUAACUGCAGCGAAAAAGACGCGGAGCACUAAAACUCUCAAGGAAAAAUUGCAACAUGAACCCAAAGCGAGCAAAAUACACAACACUGUCUGCAUCUGUAAAAGAAGAGGUCGUUCCAGUGCUGAUACACGAUCCCAAUGCUCCAGGUGGCCCCCAGUAUGCCUAUGCUACAUUUGCUUCAUCCGAAGAGGGCGAAUCUACGGUUGAGUCACUGCCUGGAACACAUGAGACAAUUGUGAGCUCAGAAGAGGUGAUUAUUGACGAGCAUGGACGCGCCGUGACCAUACAACAGCUAGUCGACAAUCAUUCCGUAGAAGAGGUGGAGACUGUGGAGGAGAACGAUGGCUCCCACACCAUUUUGCACAUUGUGCCCUCAUCGCCCGUUACUGAGGAGGGCAAUGAGAGCGGUGGCGAUGGCGAUGCUAAUCUGAGUAAUGAAGGGUUGGGACCACGCUCCAAGACUUUCUAUUGUCCUAACUGUGGUAAUUGCUACAGCGCUGCUGGCUCAUUGAAGCUACACAUGCGUGCUUGCAUGAAGCGACGCGAAGAAGUGCCACCUGAGCAGCGGAAAUGCGAAAUAUGCAACAAGGUAUUCAAUUCGGUUUCGUAUCUAAAGGAGCACAUGAUGCGACAUACAGGUGAAGGGCCAAGACGUUGUACUCGCUGUUAUCGUAAGUUUAUUGACGAGGAAAAGUGGAAGGCACACAUGGAAACUCAUAAGCAACAAGAUAAGCUUGAUGCUGAGGCUCAAGCAUUGGCACAGCAGCACGGAGGCAAAAAAAUAGUCGUUAAGGAAUUUACAUGCUCAUUUUGCACGCACAAUUUCACCGUGGUGUUUGAGGAAGGUCAAGUGAAACGACGUUACGCCUGCGACGAGUGCCGCGACAAAUAUUCCAAUGUGGAACAGCUAAAGCAGCAUAAACAAAUGGUGGGGGAGAAACGGGACUUUCAUUGCGAACGAUGUGGCCGAAAAUUUGUGUUCGAAGGCUUUUUGCAGCGACAUCUUCCCACCUGCGAUGGCACAAUAAAACGGCGCCGAGACUUGAAGUAAAGAGUGGCCUGUGACCCUGUUUAUUCACUGCAGUUGCAUUUGCUGCGCAUCCCAGAUAUGCUUCUUUAAAUCUAAGCGCUUCGCUCUAAAUCUACCAAUUCAAUAAGUUUUUUUCGUACCUUAUAUUACUUGUAACUUGUUUAUUUCGUUUGAUAGAUGAAGUUGUAAAUACGCCAUUUGGAUAAUUGGAGAUGGUUGAAUGCAUCCGAAGAGGGGAAGUAGUAUCCUGCAUACUUGGGACUACGUCCUCGGUUUACUUGAAUAUUUUUAGUUCUGUGACAUGUACAUUUUUUGAAUUAAUAAAGAAGUUAUAAUAAAGCAAAGA